AUGGCAACCGAAGCUACCGCGCGCAAGUUCUUCUCGGCGCCGUCAUUCGCCGUGGUCGGCGCCAGCUCCAACCCAGCCAAGUUUGGCCACAAGGUGCAUGCAUGGUACCUGGAGCGCGACCUCGAGGUCACCCCCGUCAACCCUGCCUCGGCGACUGUGACGGUCAAUGGCAGCGAGCACGCCACAGUGCCCAACGUCUCGGCGCUGGCCAGCCCCAAGGACACGGCCGUGUCCAUCAUUACGCACCCUGCCAUCACGAUCGGAGUCCUGAAGGAAGCAAAGACGGCCGGCGUUCCGUCCAUCUGGCUGCAGCCGGGUACCUGGGACGACGAGGUGCUCAAGUUUGCGCUGGCCGAGGGGACGUUCGACGCCGUCGUGUAUGGAGAGGGCGGUCGCGGCCAUGAUGGCUGGUGCGUCCUGGUCGAUGGCGACAAGGCAUUGAAAGCUGCUGGCAAGCUGUAG